AGUCAGUCAGUGAAGCAGAGGCUCCCCUCAUGGCUCUGUUCCCCGGCCGCCUGCCGCCGCUCGCUGUCUCCUCGUCGGCUCUGAGCCUCUCCGGAACCCCGCUGAUCUACCUGUACGGAGGGGACAGCACACUGAGCCUGGUUCCGGGGUCCCAGGAGCCCCCCCAGAAGCCUCCUUACAGCUACAUCGCGCUCAUUGCCAUGGCCAUCAGGAGCGCGCCCGGGCAGCGCGCCACGCUCAGCGGCAUCUACCAGUUCAUCAUGGAUCGGUUCCCUUUCUACCAGGACAACAAGCAGGGCUGGCAGAACUCCAUCCGGCACAACCUGUCUCUGAACGACUGCUUCAUCAAGCUGCCCAGGGAGAAGGGUCGGCCCGGGAAGGGAAGCUACUGGACCCUGGACUCCAGCUGUUUGGAUAUGUUUGAAAACGGAAACUACCGCCGCAGGAAGAGGAGGGCCAAGAGCCAGCAGGACGCGCCAGACUCCAAAGAUCCUGGAUCGAGACGCGCAAAGGUCGCCGUGUCUUCUAGGGGAGCUCUGAACUCUGAUUGGGGGGCAGUACCGGCGCCAAAUAAAGAGCCGAACACAGGACCGGUUCUUUUAAAGUUCUCCCAGCAGAAUCCAGUCGCACAGAGACAAAAAGCGCAUAUUUCCACGGAACCCCACGCUGAUUCAGGAUUGGCUCAGCGCGCCAACCUGCCCGCUGCAGCACAGCAAACACCGAGAGCGAACCAACAGAGGACGGACAGGUCCAAAGGGUUCACCAUCGAGAGCAUCUUAUCCAAAAGUCAAGACGAAGCGCGCGGCCGCGUCCUGGACGUUUCAGCGCAGAGUCUCUGCGCGCCCCCGCUCAUCAGUGCGCAUCCCCACCACCUGGUCCAGGUGGGACUCCCCUUCUGCUCCUACCUGUCUCUCACCUGCUCGGACUCAGCGCUGCGCUUCCACUGAAGGGGAGCGCGCAAAAACAUUCAAGAAUUUUUACGCACAGAUGCGUAAAAGUUUGUUAAUCAAAGCUGUAUUUACCCAGAAACCACAAGAUCUGCGCCAUUUUUAUUACGUUCAUCAACAUCAUCGGCAUUAAAACAAUACAGCAGAACAACAGGGAGAAAUGAAUGUUUUUAAUCAUGUGUGACUUCUUGUUUUUUUAUUGUUGCAGACAAACACGUUUAAAUGCAUUUUUUGUUGUAAUUUAACACGACAGGGCAUGGAGAUGCCAAACAAUGUGAGGAUUAACUUUACUGUAAGCAAAACAUAUAAACUGGUCAGCUCUGCGUUUGAAUGUUGCAAAAAUAAAGUUCAGGUAGAUCAAACUGUUGCUUUGCUGUUAUUGAUUUAUUUGAACAGAAGAAAAUCAGAAAAUAUUAUGCAGAUUCCAGUUCACUGCACUGCAAAAACACACAAUGUUGUCAAGCAUUUCUGGUCGAGUUUCUUUGUAGAAAAUGUCUUCAAAUAAGACAAAAGUAACUUUCAAGUAACUUUUCAGCAGGAUAGGAGCUUGUUUUAAGUCAAUAAGUUAAUAUUGAUGGAAAAGUGUUAGUUGCACUAUUAUUCCACUUAUAACAUGGGAAAAAUGUCUUGUACUAAUUGAUUAAUCUACCAGAGGAAUCAGUCCUGCUUUAAUCAAUAUGAGGGAAUUAUUGACUUAAAACAAACUCUUAUUUUCCUGAAAUUACUUAUCGGUUAUUUUUUCUGUGAGACUUUAUUUGAUGGGAUGUUUGAAUAAGACUGACAUGACAGUUGCAAUGAAAGUCCAUUAAACGUGUCCUUCAAAUGAAGUGUUAGCGUUCGGUCUUAUUUCCAGUGCACUAAGAUGUUUGCACUAGAAGAUCAAAAAUACUUUGCAAGAUUUUUGCAGUGCGUUUGUGCAUCACCCUGCUGCUGGAGGCAGGACUGAACCAGGAUGUAUCUGCUGUUUUCCUGCAUC